AUGACUCUCAUCUUUUUCUUUAUUCUCUUAUUUCAUUAUUUCUUUUUCUUUAUUCUUUCUCCUUUAUUCUUUAUUCCUGUUUCUUUAUCUUUCUUCUUUCUAGAUUUUUCUCCUUCAUUUUUCUACUUCUUUAUUUUUCUUCUUUAUUUUUCCACUUCUUUUUCUUCUUCUUUCUUUCUUUCUUUUUCUCCUCCUUCAUUUUUUACUUUUUUUGUAGUUUCUCCUUUUUCAUUAUUGUUUCUCCUUCUUUCUUUUUUCUUUAUUUCUUCUCUUUCUAUAUUUUCAUACUUCUUUAGUAUUUAUCUCCUCCUUUCUUAUUUUUUUCUUUCUUUAUUGUUUCUCAUUCUUCAUUUCUGCUUCUUUACUUUUUCAUUCUUUAUUUUUCUCCUUCAUUUUUCUAAUUCUUUAUUUUUCUCCUUCAUUUUUCUAAUUCUUAAUUUUUCUCCUUCAUUUUUCUAA